UUGUCAAAAAGUUUAAAGUUAAAAAAGUAUGCGUUUUGACCACUAUGAACUCAUAUUUUUCUUUUUUGGGUUGAGUUGUUACAAUUUAUCCUACAGCAGCCAUGAUAUGACAUUUUCCAGCUCGUCGCUGUCCUUUCUAAAGCCCAGAGCGACGUCACGUCUGGAACGUGGGUCCGCCCAUGCUGUGCCCGGCUGUGUGUGUGAGUGUGUGAGUGUGUCAGUAACGACAAAUGACCGGAUUAAGCAACGCGCAAGGGCUUUCAACUUGGGAAGGAAAGGCUCCACGAUAACGGGGGAAGAGGAACUGAACCUGACUUUUAACGGGAGAGGAGCACAGAGUCCGCGGUCGUCCAAUUAAAUCCCCCUUUGAGAGCCCCCUUAUUGGACGAGGCCCCGCCCACGUUUUCUCCCUACCCCUGUGGCUCCGCCCCUCUGGGAUCACCCAACGGGUCCCCCCCUGUCCUCUCCUCCCCCUCCUCUCGCUGAGACCGCCCUCCACCCCCUCUCAGCGGCCCCCCAUGCACCGGGGAAGGCGGGGGCCAUUGUGGACCACUAGCCCCGCCGGCGGCCUGUGAGCGGCGUGCGGCCGGGCGACGGCGUGCCAUGGCGCCCAGGCUGCGCAUCGUGUUCGGCCUCCUGGCGGCCGGCAGCCUGCCCCUCUUCUACCUGAUGAGUGUGAGCCUGGAGGUGUGGACCCCCUGGCACAUGGACCUCCUGGGGCGGGCCUGGUACGCAGCCAGCCCCUCCCCCCCAAGCAGCAUUCCAGGAGAUCGCCUGGGGCCCCUUCGGCUCAACAACAGUCUCUUUGGCCAGGACCCCGGGGCCUCCAGUGUUGACCCGAGCACUGUGGCCCCAGACCCGUCCAGUCCGGGGCCAGCGCCGUCCACCACUGCUGCCGCCGGCCAGCCGCCGGCCAGGGGACCGAGGGUAACCACGUCUAGACCAGCCCCCAUUGAGCCCACUCCCAGGGUGCUGACCUUCGAGGAGGCCUACAUUGGAGAUACGUACAGCAAAGAAGACAUCCAACCACAGACAACCUGCCCAGAUUCCAUCGCCAGGAAGUGGUCGUCAUCCGGCUUUAAUGGCAGUUUCCUGGGGACCGUUCCGGUUCUCCAGUGGGCCAAGGACGUCACGCUGCACCAGCACCAGCGCCUGAAGCAGUUUCAUGGAGCCUACGGAUGGUCCUCGAUGGAUUAUGACUCGCUGAAGGCCACGCUCUCCGUCCUCAACCUCACGGCCAACCACCAGAUGUUUGACGACUGGGAGCAUCGACAGAACGGCUCGCAGUGCAUCCGCUGCGCCGUGGUCGGCAACGGAGGGAUCUUGAAGGACUCCGGCAAGGGGCCCGAGAUCGACGGCCACGACUACGUGUUCAGGACGAACGGGGCUAUCCUUGAUGGUUUCCAGAAGGAUGUGGGCACCCGCACCACACACUACACCUUCUCCACCAACACUAUGAGGAAUUCCAUGGGGGGCUACCGUAGCGCGGGCUUCAGGGGGCCACCGGUGUCCAAGGAAACGCGUUAUGUCUUCCUUCCAGACAAUGACCGGGACUAUCUGAUGGUGAAAGCUGUCGCCACACACACACCGGUGGAGCGAGGCCACGAUAAAUCCAAAACUCCACCAAAGUACUUCGGAGAGGACGCGACGGCGGAGAAGCUAAAGAUGUAUCACCCAGACUUUAUCCGCUACCUCAGGAACAGGUUCUUUACAGCCCAAACACUGAAGAAGAGAUACAGGGGGAUCUACCGUCCGUCCACGGGAUCUGUGAUGCUUCUGGCUGCUCUGCACACCUGUGACCAGGUCAGCGCCUAUGGCUUCAUGACGCCCGACUAUAGCAAGUACUCGGACCACUACUUUGACAAAACCUACCACAGGGUGAUAUUCUACGCCAACCACGAGUUCCGCUUGGAGCUGGCGCUGUGGCAGCAGCUGCACAAGGCUGGCCUCAUGCGGCUGUUCAUGAGACCGUCGACCACGGGGAGCCCUCGACCAGCUACACACGGCCCCCAGAGUAACGGGACGGGGUAAUCUGGGGGCCGGAGAACCUGGCGUUUUUAGGACCGAUUGGGCAAAGAGCACUGAGGUUUUUUUUUUUUCCUCAAAGCUUUUUUUUUAAGAUUUUUAUUUGGCUUUCCGUGUACGGCGUAAUAAUUGUGUUGGUUUUCUCGUCAAGCUAACAGGUAAAAAUGUAGACUUGAUGGGAAACCACAUUGUGGCUGAUUGCCUUGACCGAACCCUGUCUCAGACGUUCUCCUCCAGUCAUUCUGUGUGCCUUGAAAUUCAGAAGAAAAACAGAACGGUCUUUUAUUUUAAAAACUUAAUUUAUUUCUGUUUUAAAGCAAUUUCAUUGGUGUGUAGUCUACGAUGCAAACUGCAUUUUAAAAACAUUAUUUUAGAAAUGCCUCUGAGGAUCCUCCUCCCUGUGGCGUUAACUCAUGGAGGGAGAAGGUACCGUGUCAAGCUGUGCUAUUGUGGAAGCUGGGGGACAUAUUUUAACGGACUGAAGAUGUCUCCCCUGACAACACGGGGAGAAAGCGUCCCUUUCUCUCAUGGCCGAGCAGGGGGGUUUCCAGGGACAACUCUUCAGGGAGCGUUGGCGGCGGCACCUGCGACGACCGGCUUCACGGCCAUGGCGUGAAGUGGAGCUGGACCUCGCUGGAGAGCGCUCGUCUCCUCGCUGGUGGACUGCAGAUGAGGUUUUUUUGUGCUGCGAAACAAUAAUAACGGAGCCUCCGUAAAAUAUACUGUAUAGAGUUAGUCCUGCCAAAGACACUCCGCGAAUCAGGGAACAUCUUUUUUAUACUGUUGAAGGACUUUCUGGUGUUGAAUCAAUGGGUGAUUUAAGGGCUAAAAACUUAGACUGGCAUUGCACAAUUUCUGACUGUGAUUUUGAUUCCUGAAAUUUGUUUCCAAGUAAAAGGGUGACCUCCGACCUGCUGGGGUUAACAACAGGUUCAAG